UUAAAUUUUUUUUGCCCCCUUCCAAUAUGUUCUCCUUUGAGUCCAGUCAAAUGCCCUUCGCCAGUGCUCCAAUUCCUUCCUUAGACAUUACUCUGCUACUCAUCUCUGUUCUGUGUUCAUGAACUGAAUGGCCACCAAAGAGAAUUGCAGGAACGAGCUCCGUGCUGCCAUCCGUCAGCUCAGCGAUCGCUGCCUCUACUCCGCCUCUAAAUGGGCCGCGGAGCAACUGGUCGGAAUCGAGCAAGACCAGACGAAGUACCCCACUUCACACACGCGGUUCCAGCGCGGGAGCUCCAGCAUUCUUCGCCGCUUCCGCACAGCCGCGGGAGAAGGCACCUUUUCUAGCACCCCGACAGCGGGCGUGUCCUAUGUUGCUACCCCGCCCGUGCUCGAUGAUGAAUUCGAGGCAUUUGACAGUGACUUUUACCUGCUAGCCAAGUCUUACUUUGAUUGCAGGGAGUACCGACGGGCUUCACAUGUGCUCCGAGAUCAGAAAAGCAAGAAAGCUGUUUUCUUGCGGUGCUAUGCACUUUAUUUGGCUGGUGAGAAGAGAAAAGAUGAAGAGAUAAUUGAACGUGAAGGCUCUUUAGGGAAGAGUGUUGAUGCUGUGAACCAAGAAUUAGUCUCUCUUGACAGGGAGUUGUCAACACUUCACAAAAAUGGAACAAUUGAUUCCUUCUGUCUUUACUUGUAUGGUCUUGUGCUUAAACAGAAAGGCAAUUACAAUCUUGCCCGCACAGUGCUCGUGGAGUCCGUGACUAACUAUCCAUGGAACUGGAGUGCUUGGGCUGAGCUACUAUCCUUGAGCACCACAAUUGAGAAGUUAAACAGCCUUAACCUUAGCGAUCACUGGAUGAAAGACUUCUUUCUUGCAAGUGCUUACCAGGAAAAUCGAAUGCAUGCCGAGUCCUUGGCAAAGUAUGACCAUCUACAUGGAACUUUCAGUUUUAGCAAUUACAUCCAGGCUCAAAUUGCUAAAUCUCAGUACAGCCUAAGGCUGUUUGAUGAAGUUGAAGUAAUAUUUGAAGAGCUUUUAAGAAAAGAUCCAUACAGAAUUGAUGACAUGGAUAUGUAUUCCAAUGUGCUGUAUGCUAAGGAAUGCUCUUCUGCUUUAAGCUACCUUGCCCACCAGGUGAUUUUGAUAGAUAAAUACAGGCCAGAGUCCUGUUGCGUUAUUGGAAACUACUACAGUUUGAAGGGGCAGCAUGAGAAGUCAGUCCUGUAUUUUCGCAGGGCUCUCAAAUUGAAUAAAAAUUAUUUGUCAGCAUGGACGCUAAUGGGUCAUGAGUAUAUAGAAAUGAAGAACAUCCCAGCAGCAGUUGAUGCGUAUAGGAGGGCCGUGGACAUAAGUCCAUGCGAUUAUCGAGCAUGGUAUGGGUUAGGGCAAGCUUACGAGAUUCUAGGAAUGCCCUUGUAUGCGCUUCAUUAUUUUAAGAAGUCGGUGUUUUUGCAACCCAAUGAUUCUCGAUUGUGGAUUGCCAUGGCCGAAUGUUACAAAACAGAGAAACUCAAUAGGCUUGAGGAGGCAAUCAAGUGUUACAAAAGGGCAGCAAACUUGAAUGAUAGGGAAGCUAUUGCACUUGACCAACUGGCAAAAUUAUAUUUUCAGCUAGGCCGUUCUGAAGAGGCAGCAUUUUACUACGAGAAGCAUUUAGAGAGGAUGGAAUCUGAGGAGAGAGAGGGACCCAACGUGGUUGAAGCCAUACUCUUUCUUGUCAGACAUUACAAGGAUCAGAGGAGAUUCGAAGAAGCAGAGGUCUAUUGUCUCCGACUUCUUGAGUACAAGGGCCCUGAGAGAGAAUUGGCUAAAACUCUACUUCGAGGAAUAAGGGAUGAAAUGGAUGUUGAGCAUGUUCCAUCGUAAGGGCCUCUUUGCAUCGGAGGGGUUUGGAGGGAAAGAUUUUGGUGUGCUUGUAUCUUCAUUUGUAUUUUAGAUUAUACAUAAAUUUGAAGAUUAAUUCCUCCCUAAUAAUAUAAGGGUCAAUUA